AUGUACAGGAGGAAGCACAGUGAUACAGAGAGUGGUAGCAUAGCUCCUUUCUCAAGCACAGCUCCUGGCAACACUCGUGGUACAUCAAAAUCACAAUCAGGAGCUUCACAGAAAUCACCUUUAGAACAACUAUCAUCUUCAUCGACUAGUAAGAGAACUAAAGCCAGUCACAGAGGAGGAGGAGGUGGUGGUGGAGGAGGAGGAGGAGGAGUAGAUGAGCAUAAGAAAGGGAAGGGUAAGAGCAGGGGAAGUGGUAAGACUGUUAUACCAGAAAAGGAUCAGAACCAAAUAACAAGUGCUUUAACAAAGUCUAAAACUGAGGGGGCCGAUAAAUUUUGGGCUUCACUGGAACCAUACUUUGCUGACAUAACGGAGAAUGAUUUGCAUAAUCUUCAAGCACAAGAUAAUAAUUUUGACAAGAGUUUAUUUGAGAUACCCAGUCAAGGGCAGCACUACAGUCAGCAGUGGCUGAUGGAGGAGCUGAAUGAAGAAGGAACAGAGACUGCUAGACUCCACUCUGGACAAACUAAAGACCUACAAGAUGAAACCAAUAUUUUAUUCAAUGAAGGAAUGACUGCUCAUAGAUCCAAUACAUGCACUAGCUAUGGACCACUCACCCAGAAACUAAUGGCAACGUUCAUUGAUUCUCCUCAUGGUUCUCAGUUAUUUUCUUCCGGGAAAGCCGACUCUUUCUCUUCAACAGUUAUUUCACCAGCUGCUCUUGAGAGAAGAUUAAAAGAUGAACUGGUAACACUAGGACUACUGGACCCUCCUGAAUCACAGAGGGACAGUUCUGAUGAUGAAGAUGAGGUUGUUAAAGAAUUAGUGAAAGCACAAAAUGAACUGAAAGUUGUUCAUGAAUACAAUCAGCAGCAGAAGAGGAUGCUUCAUUCAUUAGCUAAGUCUGAGAUAAGACGUCAGGAGAUUAGGAAGCAACUCCAAGAAACUGACCAGGAGGUCAUGGAAUGGCUAAGAGUGUUCUCA